AUGGACCCUGAUGGUGGAAGAGAAGGGGCAGUAGAUAAAUUAAUUCAAUGGAAGAGAGAUGCCCUGCCCAAGAUAAUUAAAAGUGUAGAACCAGAAUAUCUUAGAAAUAUAAGAUUGUUACAAAAAGAAUACGGCCCAACAAUGGUUGGUAUAAAUGAGGAAAGUGAAGAAUCAGGAAUAGAUGAUGAAAUUACAAGUAUGUUGAAGACUCCAAUUACACCAAUAGUAACCCCAGACAGGAAAGUAGUAAGCAAAAGUUUUAAAAUGGAAUUAGAAGAUGUAAGUGAGGAGGAGUUUGAUUUCUCCGAAGGGACUCCAUGUCAAGAUGAGAUAGAUCCAAGGUUAAAUAGAAGUAAGACUGAUAAGAAGAAAGAAACUGGAAGUGAAACAUUCUCGAGUGAUUCAGAGUCUACAUGUAGUACAUUAAGUGAAAGUAGCAGUGACGAUACGUCAGAAACGUCAGAAAGUUCAAAGUCGGGAAAGAAACAAAGUGUAAAAGAAAGUAGUGAUAGGAGGGUAGUGCAGAAAGGGACUGAAAAAGGAGCAAAAAGAAGCCAUGAAAUUGAGAGUAACGAGCAGAGAGAGAAAAUCAUAAAGAGGAAGAAAGAGAAUGUUAAUGACAAAACUGACAGAGAAAGUACAGAAUGCAAAGAUGAAGAACGUGUUAUUAAAACAAACAAGAAUGUGGCAGCACAAGGCAAAGAUAAAUAUGGAAACCGAAAGAGUGUCCACAGUAUUCAGAAUUCUAAAACAGAAAAGAGUGAAAGGUGUGAAAAGAGGAAAGAGAAUAAAAGUGACACUGAUAGAAAUGACAAGUCCAAAAGUGGAGAAAAAGUUCCCAAUAGUGCAAAAGUUAGUAAAGGCAAAGAGGUUGAAUACAAGGUCAGGGACUUAGAAAAAGCAGAAAAUAGUGAACCAAAGAAUUUAAAUACGGACAAAGAUAAGAUUAGGAAAAAGGAAGAUAGAGAUAACAAAAUCGAACAUAUAAAAAGCAAUGGAAGUUCAAAAUCAUCAAAGCUGACAUCAGAAAAGAACACUGGGAAUCAUCCGGAAAGAAGUAAGUCCGAUAAAGCACAGACAAAGGGUUGUACAGAGAAUAGUCAGGAGAAUGAUGAUAAGAAUACUGAAAAGAAAAACUACACUAAUGAGAAUAAGAAAAGGCAGGAGGAUCAAGAGAAUAGGGAAGGAGAAAAUUCACAGAGGAAAGAUAAAAGUAAUACGUGUAAUGGGACAAACAGUCAAAGAAAAAUUACGAAAGUGCUGCCAGACAAACAAAAGGAAAGAAAUACCGAGAUAAAAACGGAAGUGAAACGUACAGCAAAAGAUUCGAAGGAAGAAAAGAAAAGUCAAACAAGUGCUGAGAUAUGUAAUACUGUAAGUGCAACAUCGAUGGUUAAAAAGAAAGAUGAACAAAAAGAGAGAAGUAAAAGUGAAUUAAAUAGAGAAAAAGAAGUUACAGUAAAACUUGUGAGUAAUGUCCCUGCAAGUGAAGCUGAUAAUAGUGAAAUUGGUACAAAGUGCAAAAGCAAUGAAGGGAUAAGUGGCUCAGGUUUGGGAAAAAAGACACAAGAUGAGAAACACAAUGAUAGUGAAUGUGGCCAGAAUGAUAAAGGAAAAGUGAGAAAUGAAAAGUCAGAGUCAAAUAUAACUAAAGAGUGUAGUGUGCGCAUUGAAAAGAUAAAGCUCAAUGCUAUCAGUUUUAACAAAGAGAAGUUGUUUGAGAAACAGAAUGUAAGUGAUCCAGAAGAUAAUCCUAAGAGCAAUUCAGUGAAAGUUGUAAAUGAAAAAGGUGACGCCUCAGAAGAAAAAGAAAUAGCGAGUGAUACUAAGGAGUCCCAUGAAAAUGACAUGGAUAAUCAAAAUGAAAGUGGAGUUACUAAUGAUACAGACCAGACCGAUGAGUGCCCGAGCACUGGCUCUAUCCUGGACGAUAAAUCAAUAAUUCCCGAAAUGCAAAAGACCCAGAAAGAAAGGAUCAUCCUUAAUAUCGGAGGGCAAAGGUUUGAGACCUCUCGUGUGACAUUACAACAAGACCCCAACUCCUUGCUGGCCAAAAUUGUUGGACCGGAUGGAAUGACGCCAAUAUAUGGCAACCAAUACUUUAUUGACAGGGACCCUGCUCAUUUCCGAUUCAUAUUAAAUUUCCUACGAAAUGGAGCCUGUGACCUUAGAACUUUACCACAUGAUGUUCGUUAUCUCUACGAAAUGUAUUAUGAGGCAUGUUAUUAUCGCCUCCCAGGUCUAGUGAACGCAACAAUCGCGAAGAUAGAGGAGUGUAGUGUGGUUGGUGCAAACGUUAUGCCAAUGAAGGCUUAUAAAUUGGGACGCUAG